GUUUAUAUGUGUUUGGACUGCUCCUCAAAUAAGAGUAGAGAUGCUAGAACGUGAUUAUUAGCAUGGUAAUGGAAGGCGCAUGCUGGACGUUUGUUUGUGAUGGGCAGAGCCCAGACGGAACUAAGGCAACUCAGGAUGCCUUACGCACGGGAAGACCCGCGUAUGCUCGGGCCAAUUGAGAAAGAGGGAGGGCUCGAGGUAUCUUUACCUAGGCGGGUCAGAGCAGGAGAGCACCACUCUUCAUGGUGGGGAAUGUCGAUGGGUACGGACAUCUUUGUCUGGAUCGAGUCUGGGUUCGAUGACGAGCAGGAGUGUGCGAUUGUAAGGGUGACGCUGUACGCCUCGCCCUCAUUCUGGAUCGAGCAUGGGAUAGAGUUGGCGCUUGGACAUGGGAGCUUGCUUACUAAGCCUUUGAGGGUAGCCGAGGCAGCCGCGGCAAAGUGGGCGAGGGAAGUGUCCCGUGAUGGGGAAGAGCGAGUACUAACCCGCGUUGCUGUCAGCAUCAUGGCAGAAGAAAGCGGCUUCGCCAAGGUCCUGCGUUGGAAAAAUUCGUGCCAGCUGAAGGUGUUGUUGUGCGAGGCACUGCAAGAGUCAAUGCCUCCAGACCUCCAUGCUCUGUUGUUCCAAGGAAGAAACUUGUCUUACUUUCUGCGGGACUUUCAGGACUUUAGCCUUGCAAAGGAGUGGAACAAGAAGGCGAUGUGGUGUAUGUUUCCCUUGUUCGUCUGCGAGAGGCUAAGUGAGGAGGUGUAUACCCUCAAGCAGGAGUCGAAAAUAUGGGAUGAAUUGGUGCAUUCCUUAAGGCUAAGAUUCCCAGAAGACGGAGUGGAAGGUCCACAUGGGGAAUGCUCCGUGCCACCAGUUGCGGGCCCACCGUCGCAGGCGGAGUUAAGUGGGUUACAAAGGCAAGUAGGGGUAUUGGAGGAGAGGUUAGAAUGGCUAGAAGAGGCGAGGAAGGGUAAGCGGAAGGUUUCAGAAGACUCCCCAAGUAAGCCGACUGGCCAAGGCGAAGGAGGAGUACAGAAGGGUGACCAGGAAUCGCCCCUCUCGAUAGGAAUCCCAAAGAGGCAAGUCAGUGUUCAAGCAAGGGACAAAGGCAAGAGAGAGGAUGAGAUAAAGGAGGAGAAUGGACCUCUCAAGUUGACAAAGGCGCAGCGGAAGGCGAGGAACCUCGCUCAGGGGGGUCAAGGUACCGAAAAGGGACAGAGUUCGCAGCAAGUAGCGGCUACCCCGCAAGAGGGAGAAGGCGAGGCAAGACCAAGGGGGCCUCCUCUGAUCGAGCAAGCAUUACAUAGGCAGUGGACGCCGGGUAACCGAAUGAACUUGUGGCCGACAUACAACCCUUAUAUGCCUUGGGCGCAAAGCAAUUAUAUGGGCCAUUGGACGAACAUGAUGCCCCGUGGGCCCCCGCCAGUCCAAAUCCAACCUGUCGGACCGUUGUGGUCACCAAUACAGCAAGCUUCGCAGGACAGUAUGACAGGUGGAAGGGGCCAAAGGCAGGCAGUUGGAAGGGGCCGAGGAGAUGGCGGGCGUGACACUACGGGCCGAGAAGAUGGCGGGCGUGGCACUACGGGCCGAGGAGAUGGCGGGCGUGGCAAUACGGGCCGUGGAGACGGUGGACGCAGCAAUAGAGGCCGUGGGAAUGACAGGCAAGGCGCUGAAGGUCGUGGCGGGAGCCAGCGAAACCAUAAGUGGGGCUCAAAGAAGAAAGGGGCAUGACGGUGCCGAAUGAGAUGGUCAUGAGAGUGAGCCAAGUGAUUAAGGGUGCGGCGAGGGUAGAUGAGACGACUAGGGCAGAGAAAGUAUAGUAGGACAUAAUGGGGAUUCACCCUAACUCCUGGGUUGGGAAGUUUCUGUCAGUCGCCUGCCCUGGAUUUUUGGAUUCGUGUUGGUAGGGGUUAGUUGUACAUGUAUUGAUAUGGAAACUGGAGUACCAGGCUAACCAUUGCGUGACCCUAACCCCAUACUAAUUGGUAAAGGCUAGUUGCAUAUUAUCUG